AGAGGGGGGAAAGCCAGGAAAACAAAAAAGCUCUCACCGUUUGGAUUCUUUAUUUUGACUUGGUUAUAAACCCUAACCCUAAAACACAAAUCAGGGUUUCUGUUCUCGUUGAUUAGCGUCUGCUGAACGUUCAAAUCAUUCUCCCAGCAAAUCCCUUUUAGAUCUAAUAUCGAGUAGGUGUUUAUAUUUGUUUGAUAUCCUUGGAAUCAUGGCUACCAGAUUGCAAUUUGAGAAUUCAUGCGAAGUUGGAGUUUUUUCUAAGUUGACCAAUGCUUAUUGCUUGGUCGCCAUUGGAGGUUCUGAGAACUUCUACAGUACGUUUGAGGCAGAAUUGGCUGAUGUAAUUCCGGUAGUGAAGACCGCGAUUGGUGGCACUAGGAUCAUUGGAAGACUUUGUGCUGGAAACAAGAAUGGGCUUCUCUUACCGCAUACUACCACCGAUCAAGAACUUCAGCAUUUGAGGAAUAGUCUACCAGAUUCAGUUGUUGUUCAGCGCAUUGAUGAGAGACUUUCUGCAUUGGGAAACUGCAUUGCCUGCAACGAUCAUGUUGCACUUACACACACCGAUCUCGACAGGGAAACUGAGGAGAUGAUUGCAGAUGUUCUUGGAGUAGAAGUUUUUAGACAGACAAUUGCUGGAAAUAUUUUGGUGGGCAGCUAUUGUGCAUUUUCAAAUAGGGGUGGCCUGGUGCAUCCUCAUACGUCCAUAGAGGACCUAGAUGAACUCUCUACGCUCCUACAGGUUCCACUGGUGGCAGGGACAGUGAAUCGUGGUAGUGAAGUAAUCGCUGCUGGCCUGACAGUUAAUGACUGGACAGCCUUUUGUGGAUCUGACACUACCGCAACAGAAUUGUCUGUUAUAGAGAGCGUUUUCAAGUUAAGAGAAGCUCAACCUAGUGCCAUUGUUGAUGAGAUGAGGAAGUCAUUGAUUGACAGCUAUGUAUGAGCUGCAUGCCCAAGUUGAGUGUAUCAAUGAGUGUCUCUUAUACAGGAAUUAUAGCUCCCCUGGUAAAUUACUGUGUUCGCGAGUCAACUACAAUUUUAAGCAAAAGGAAUUCUGUAUUUUGAAUUUGUUUACUUGGCCUGAGUGAUGGCCACUCUGUUCCUCUUGGUGAAUCAUCAUGUUUGUGCGUGUGUGUGUUUUCUUUAUUGUUUAA